AGAAUUUCAUGAGUGCAAGAGAGAUAGUCAGAUAUCACGGUCACUACCCUAUAUUUUUAUCCGGUAAGCGUAAGCGGUAUCUUCUUGCUUCUCAAAAAAACAAAUGAAACGAAAAUAAGUUGGAAAAAACUGCUGUUAAAAAACAAGAAGAAUAUAAAAGAAAAAGUAAUAAAGAAACAGAUAUAUUAUAUCAAUAUCAUCGUUCUUGAAGAUGUCUGAAAAAAAGAAAUAUGAAGAAGCACUUUAUAAAGACAAUAAUGAUAAAGAAGUAGAUUCAUCUUUGCACACUGAAAAACCUUGGCAACUAUUUUCAGAAUCGGAAAUGAAAAAACUUAUUAAAGAUUUAGGCUUAUCUAAGGAAGGUGCAAAGUAUUUGACUUCAGUUUUUAAGAAGAAGAAUUUUUUGGCUCCAGGAAGCAGAAAAAUGGAGAAACCUGAUGAAGUUGGCGAUACUAGUGGAUGUGAAAAGUCGAAACAUAAUGACACCCGUAUUGGAAAAAGACAAUUACCCGCUGAACAAGGUUUGCAAACAAAACGGAAGAAAUUAGAACUUAAUGUGCGAUUGAAAGAAGUCGAUGUUGGCAUCACUGAAUAUGUAGUAGAUCACGAGGGAUUUCUAGGAACUAUCAAGGAAAGAUACAGUGAUUUUCAUGUUCAUGAAAUCUCACCUGAUGGUGAAAUAGCGCUGUUAACUAAUCAAGAGCUUCCUCCCCAGCUGAAGGAAUUAGAAGAUCUAGAACAAUUACGAAAAGCUAUUCCACUGGAUGUUCAAAAUCAACUUGAUUCUUUAUCUGACAAAGAUUCCUCUGUCUCCAGCAUUGAAAUUGAUGUAACUGACUGGGAUAAAAUAAAACGAAGAGCAGUUCAUGUUUUGGUUAAAAAUAUUUCAAAUGCUGUCAGUCAAACAUUAACUAAAGAUGAGAAAAAAUUCAUCACAGUUUCCAAAAGCACCGCCAAAAAAGAUGUACGUGUUGAUUGGUCCAAGCGAGGUGGAGACUACUGUCACUUUAUUCUACAUAAAAUAAAUUUGGAUACGAUGGAUGCAUUAAAUCGAAUUUCUUCUAGUUUAAGACUGAAAGCAAAUUGCUUUACAUACGCCGGUACCAAGGAUCGUCGCGGGAAGACAACUCAAUGGGUCAGCGUUAAAAAAGUUGAUCCUAAUAAGAUUCUUCGAUCUGUUAGAUCCAUUAAAGGUUUAUUCGUGGGAAAUUUCAAAUUUGAAGCAUCACCAUUGAGAUUAGGAAUGUUGUUUGGCAAUCGAUUCUCUAUCGUUCUAAGAAAUAUUCUAGACCCGAUUGAAAAAAUUGAAAUUGCUAUGCUUGCACUGAAGGAUCAUGGUUUUAUUAACUAUUAUGGUUUACAAAGAUUUGGGACAAUAGCAAACAUUCCUACUCACGAUAUCGGAAGAGCUCUUUUGCAAGGUAAUUGGAAUGAAGCUAUAAAUUUAAUCUUGAAGCCUAGAGAUUUUGAGCAAGACAAAUGUCUGGCCGAGGCUAGAAAAAUAUAUAAACAAACUGGAGAUGCAAAUGCCGCAUACAAUGCUCUCAAUAGAACAGAAACAAUUGAAGGUCAAGUUCUUCGGGCCUUGAAGUUACAUGGCAAUCAAGACACACAAGCAGUGUUAAAUGCUAUUCCAAAAAAUAUAACCCUCAUGUACCUGCAUGCGUAUCAAAGUUUCGUAUGGAAUAACGUAGUCUCGAGAAGAUUUAGAGAGUUCGGUAGGAAACCAAUUGUAGGUGAUUUGGUUUUUGAAAGCAGUGAUAAUAAUGAAAUGGACGAAGUGACUUCUACUAAUAAAUCAGAGUCACUCGAUGCAGAUAGUAGUGAAGACAGUGAAUUAACAUGUAACGUACGUAAAGUAAAAAUUUUGAAGGAAGAAGAUUUAGCAAAGUAUAAGUUGGAGGAUAUUGUUAUGCCACAACCUGGCUGGAGGAUUAUUUAUCCAACUUAUGCUGUUUCCUGGUAUGAAGAAUUUCUUCAUGAAGAUGGACUUACAAAAGAUCUAAAACAGAAAAACAAGAAAUUCACAUUAGGAGGAGCAUACAGAAAAAUUUUGCAAGUACCGCUUGAUUUGUCAUGGAAAGUAAUUCAUUACAAUGAAAAAGAUGAAGAUUUGGUUAUCUCAGACAUCGAUAGAUUAAGAAAAGUGAAACCAAAGGAAGAUACAGCUGAUGGAAAAUAUAAAGCUCUAAUUGUGGAGAUGUCACUUCCUUCUUCUACAUACGCAACAAUGGCAUUGCGUGAAGUUUUAAAACAUGAUACUUCUGCACAGUCGCAAGCUGAACUGUCAGCAAAGUACGAUCAAAAUGAAGAUAACAACUUGUUAAAUAAAUCUGACAGUACAAACUUAAAUUAAUAAAACAUGAGUUUUUUAAAAUUUGAGUUUAUUUCUCAAUAUAAAUUUGUAUCAAAAAUUUUAUAAAAAAUAAAAAUGUUUAUGAAUUCAUUCCUUUUAACUGUA